CUGUCAUUGAGGGUGUGUUAACCCGGUCACAACGUUGAGAAGUUGUGGAGGGAUUUCUUGGUUGCCAUGGAAUUGUAAAAGCUAUUGACUGCGAUAGGGUCCCUUUCUCUAAAUGUCUUUGUAGAAGAGAACCUAUUACUUUUUUUUCCUUCCAGCGGCAGUGAUAGCAUCUACGCCUGGUGAAAGCGUUCUCAUGUCAUUCUAGUUUCGUCUGACCAAUAGCGCACGUUUUUGAGAUUCAGGAGUGCUAAGCAUCUCAGCCAGCUACGUAGUAAACGAAAUUCAACCUUUGCAAACGGCUGGAGCGACAGUAACUGCUCGUAAAGGUCCCGUGUUUUCUGCACGCCGUAGAGAUGAUCUGAGAGCGGGAAGGGAUCAGCGCGUGUCACUUCCUCCAUGAACACUGAGAUUUCCGUCUUCUGCAGAGCGAUGAGGAUGAGGUCGUCAAAGUGGAGCCCCGGAUUGGCUCUCCUAAUGGGCGUGGUCACCAGUAUCUGUGCCUUCACUCUUACCGCUGCCAUAGACAUCCCUCUGGAGGUCUUAGGUCACGUAAACAUUGAGCAGCUGCCUACCAUCACAGAGGCAUCCCCUGGCUCCAUGAUCGCCUUCCCUUUCGACGAGAGCUUCCCCAUGACGUGUAAGGCCAAAGGCAACCCCGAACCAGAAUUCCGAUGGACAAAAGACGGGGAAGACUUUGACCCCUACCAGGACCCCAGGCUGAUAAAAGAGGACAACUCGGGGACAUUUGUGAUUCCCAACACUGGGAACCUCACAGAGUACCAGGGAACGUACCGCUGUUACGCCACCAACAAACUGGGAACAGCCAUAACGGAGGAGAUUGAGUUCAUCGUGCCCCAUGUUCCGAAGUUUCCUAAGGAGAAGAUUGAUCCCAUUGAAGUGGAGGAGGGUCAGCCCGUCAUUCUGGAGUGCAACCCUCCGAAAGGAAUCCCUCCCCUGCAGAUCUACUGGAUGACCAUUGACCUUCGGCACAUUGAGCAGGAUGACAGAGUGUCCAUGGGACUGAACGGUGACCUGUUUUUCUCCAAUGCACUGUGGAAGGACAGCCGUCGGGACUACUGCUGCUUCGCCGCCUUCCCCAGGAUCCGCACCAUCGUACAGAAGACGGCCAUGUCCCUCAUAGUCAAGAGCAGAAAUUCAAGUAGCAGUAGUGAUGCCAAUUCAAUCCUGAAGAGAAAACCUAGUCUUCUGGUGCCCUCUGGUGUCAAGUCAGAGACACGGCUGGUGAAAGGGGAAACACUACAACUGGAGUGCAUUGCAGAAGGCUUUCCAACUCCCAAAAUUGAAUGGGUGAAGAUCGAUCACAGGCUGCCCGACAAAGUGUCAAUAGAAAACCAUGGCAAACUACUGACCAUUCACCAUGUUGAUGAGGAGGACAGUGGCAAGUACAGGUGCAAGGCUAAGAACAUCCAUGGAGAGGCCGUCCACAACUUUGAUGUAUCAGUGGAGGAACCUCCUCGGUGGGUGACGGAGCCUGAGAGCCAGCUUAGUAUGAUCGGCUCAGACGUGCACAUUAAGUGCUCUGCCUCUGGCACGCCUCCACCCACUAUCCAAUGGAUGGUGAAUGGAAAGCCCCUCGAAGAGGUCCCAGCGUCUAACAGGAAAGAGUUCGAUAACGCCAUUGUCUUGCACAACGCCAAAUCUGCCAACAGCGCCGUCUACCAGUGCGAGGCCUCCAACCGACACGGGACCCUCCUGGCUAACGCCAAUAUCAUGAUCAUGAACCAGCCUCCUAUGAUCCUGACAGAGAACGGUCUGGAGUAUUCAGCAGUGCAGGGAAAGGGUGUGGUCAUGCACUGCAAGGUGUUCAGCUCUCCGCCCUCCACCGUCACCUGGAACAAGGAUGACUCAACAGGGUCUGUGGAGGGACCGAGGUUUACAGUUCACGAGAAUGGAUCAUUGGAGAUCCAUAAUGCAGAGAAGGAGGAUGUGGGCCAAUACACGUGUGAUACCGAGAACACCGAAGGGAAGUCUGCAAUCACUGCCGUGCUGGAAGUUAAAGAUCCCACAAAGAUAUACCAGACCCCAAAGGACUUGCAGGUCCCAGUAGGAAGCACUGCUCACUUCUCCUGCCUGUCAGUGUAUGACAACUCCUUCAGUGACGACUUUCAGAUUGUUUGGGAAAAAGACGAUACGGUGAUAGCACUAAACCGCACAGAGAAUUCCGGAUAUUUAAUAGAGGACGGUAUGCUGCAGAUCGUCAACGUAAGCCACAGAGACCAGGGCAUGUACAAAUGUGUCGCCAGAACUCCAGUGGACCUGGAUACUGCCUCUGCAGUACUCAUAGUGCUUGACGUCCCGGAUGCGCCAGAGGACUUGGUGCUGUCUGAACGCAAGGGCAGAAGUGUGAAGCUCAAAUGGAUCCCUGGGAAGGACCACAACAGUUCAAUCACUGAUUUCAUUAUUGAAUAUGAGGAGAGCCAGUGGGAGCCCGGGAACUGGAACGAGCUUCAGAGAGUUCCUGGAAAUCACGACUCGGCAGUCCUCAAACUUUACGGACAUGUCGACUACCGCUUUCGAGUUUCAGGAGUCAACGCAAUUGGCAGGGGACGGCCCAGUGAGCCCACAGAGAGAUACAAGACCCCUCCCUCAGCCCCGGACAAGAACCCUGAAAAUAUCAAAAUCGAAGGUCAUUUACCACAUGAAUUGGAUAUCAACUGGGAGCCAUUGUCCCCCAUUGAACACAAUGGGCCAGGCCUUGAAUACAAGGUGAGCUAUAAAAGGCAGGAUGUGGAGGAAGACUGGCAGGAGCAUGUGGUGAAGCGACACUCGUUUGUGGUGAAGAACACCCCCACGUUUGUGCCGUAUGAGAUUCAGAUCCAGGCGAGGAACUACCAGGGAUGGGCGCCUGAGCCCAAAGUGGUGACCGGCUACUCGGGAGAGGACUUUCCCUCGGCGGCCCCUGACGAUGUAGCCGUGGAGGUGAUGAACAACUCGCUGGUCAAGGUCAGCUGGACGCCAGUUCACAAGGACAAGCUGCACGGACAUCUGGGAGGCUACAGGAUAAACUGGUGGAAGCUCCGUAGUCUGCUGGACUCGAAGAAGACUCACGGGGAAAAGCAUACCCUGACCGUCCCGGGGGAGCGCAACCACGCUGUCGUGCCGGGUCUCACGCCAUUCACCGAGUACAGCCUCAUGGUGAUGACCUUCAACGGGCGAGGCAGCGGGCCUGGCAGCCACCCUGUCACCUUCAAAACCCCCGAGGGAGUUCCGGAGAAAAACCCAGUUUUUAGAGUGAAGGAUGUCCAGAAGCACACUGUCACCCUGACCUGGGCACCACCAACUGAGACCAAUGGAGUCCUCACAGGAUACAAGCUUGAGUAUCAGCUAAUCAAUAACACGGAGGAGGUGGGGGUCCUGCAGUUGGUGAAUAUCAGCAAUCCGGGAACCACCGCGUGGACCCUGCGUGACCUGGAGCCCGUCAGCAGGUACAAGUUCUACCUGCGUUCCUGCACCAGGGCAGGCUGCGGACCCCAGGUCAGCGAUGAGACCACCACCACUCCUGAAGCGAGUCUGGCAAGCAUCCACGGAGGAAUCUCCACCCAGGGCUGGUUCAUCGGGCUGAUGUGUGCCGUGGCUCUACUUACACUCAUUGUUCUAAUCGCCUGCUUUGUCAACAGAAAUAAAGGAGGGAAAUAUUCCGUAAAGGAGAAAGAGGACCUCCACCCAGACCUAGAAUCCCAGGGCAUGCACGAUGACACCUUCUGUGAAUACAGUGACAACGACGAGAAGCCACUGAAGGGCAGCCAGCACUCUCUGAGUGGACAGAUCAAAGCAGAGGACAGUGGGGACAGUCUGGUGGACUAUGGGGACGAGGACGUCCAGUUCAAUGAGGACGGCUCUUUUAUCGGUGAGUACGCCGGACGCAAGGAGAAACGUGUGUCCAUGGAAGUCAAAGGAACCACCAAGCAGAGCACAGCGUGAGAGGAGUGAAAAGGGCCUUCUUCCAUCCUUAGGACUGGUGGAUGGGGGCAACGGGAAGAAAAUAUGUGACAUAAUCCAUACCAAGCACAAUCUCACGUGAAAUGUGAUGUGUCAUUGUCAGCUGCACUGUCAUCAUUCAUUUUCUAAAGCUCUUUGUUUUUAUCAAAGUGUAACAGAAUGCAUUAUUUCCAAAUGUAUAUAUUAUUUUAUAUGUGUGGGGUGUUUUAUAUUACUGCAGAAAUCAGUGAAAAACUUUGACGCUUUUGCAUUUUUUGGCAAAUGCAACUGUUUGUAAACCACUUAAAUGUAAAAGGAGAAAUCUCCAAUCCACAGUGCUCUCAUGCCCAGUCGUGUUAGGAAACUACAUGUGUAUGUGGUAUUAUGAUGUCAGAUUUCAGUUAAAGCAAAUAUUAUUGACAUUGUUUGAAAUGCGUUCAUUAAAUAUGAUUUUAAUAUGUGUACAGGGGUGAUUCAUUAUCUUAUUUCCUGGUUUUGACAAAAUAAGAAUAAAAAAUAUAUGCCUCAGUUAUAUUAAAAGAACUAAGGCUGAUACCGGGAAAAGUAUUAUACCGUUGCUGUAGAAGUUUCCGAUAGAUUUCCGCAGUGAGGAUGUGAUUCAAUGGUUUUAACAUCCAGCUUGCUACAACAUGCAUACAAUUAUCAACUGAGUUACCACUUAAUCUAUUCUAGAUUGUCUGUUCUAUCUAGCUCAUCAACAUACCAAUUUACCAUGGCUUAAUGUUGUUUCAAUGUCCUUAAUACUGACUUGUUCAUUACAACUUGCCAUCAUAGACACUGCCGUUCAACUCCGAAAAACUAAUCUUAGUAGGUCUGUUGUAAAGUCACCCUAAACCUGACAGCUGCCUUUGAUUGCAUCUUUGUACAAAUACUCGACAGCUAUUGCAUGUUUAAGAAUGUUUGUGGAUGUUAUUGGUGUUAUUAAAUUGUUUUAUUUCUCAUAAA